AUGGCCACCAUCGGUGAUCUAGCGACGGCCACCAUCGGUAAUCUAGUGACGGCCACCAUCGGUGAUCUAGUGAUGGCCACCAUCGGUGAUCUAGUGACGGCCACCAUCGGUGAUCUAGUGACGGCCACCAUCAUGACGGCCACCAUCGGUGAUCUAGUGACCGCCACCAUCGGUGAUCUAGUGACGGCCACCAUCGGUGAUCUAGUGACUUCCACCAUCGGUGAUCUAGUGACCGCCACCAUCGGUGAUCUAGUGAGGGCCACCAUCGGUGAUCCAGCGACGGCCACCAUCGGUGAUCUAGCGACGGCCACCAUCGGUGAUCUAGUGACUUCCACCAUCGGUGAUCUAGUGACCUCCACCAUCGGUGAUCUAGUGACUGCCACCAUCGGUGAUCUAGUGACGGCCACCAUCGGUGAUCCAGCGACGGCCACCAUCGGUGAUCCAGCGACGGCCACCACCUGUGAUCCAGCGACGGCCACCACCUGUGAUCCAGCGACGGCUACCACCUGUGAUCCAGCGACGGCCACCACCUGUUAUCCAGCGACGGCCACCACCUGUGAUCCAGCGACGGCCACCACCUGUGAUCCAGCGACGGUCACCACCUGUGAUCCAGCGACGGCCACCACCUGUGAUCCAGCGACGUCCACCACCUGUGAUCCAGCGACGGCCACCACCUGUGAUCCAGCGACGGCCACCACCUGUGAUCCAGCGACGGCCACCACCUGUGAUCCAGCGACGGCCACCACCUGUGAUCCAGCGACUCAAGAACUGACCAACUUUCAUGUUAAAGUCUGCCAAAUCCAUAAUUCCCAAAGACCUCCAAAAUAUAUGAAUCUGAUGUGA